AUGGAGGCUAAACCCCGAAUUGUGGGCGCAACAUCCGAGGUAGUUCCUCUUGCCUUACCCAAAGGAACGACGAAGUUGUGUGAACUUUGUCAGAGAGAAGCCCACCUGCAGUGCACCGAGUGUCGGGUCACCUUUUACUGUCAUGCAGAGCACCAGCAGGCUGACUGGGUGGGGAUCCACGAGCGAAUCUGUCCAUUGCUCGUUCCCAUACGCACCCAAACACUCUCUAGUCUCCAGGAGGCGGGUCGCAUUGAAAUGAAGCUCAAAAAGGCAGAGCUGAUUGAGAUUUGCAAGCUUGUGGCUCAGAGCAAGCUGUCUGCGGGGAAACACCAGGAGGCUCUGCCUGCCGCCCAGUUCUGCCUUCGCUGCUCCAUAGACGUCCACGGCCCCCGUUCUGUCCAUCUGGUCCCUGCCUACCUGCUGCUGGCCGAGGCCAACACGGGUUUGGGUAAUCUAACCAUGGUGGCGGAGCUCCUAUCCCAGGCAGAAUGGGUGGUGUUGAAGAGCCCAGAAUGUGGUCACGCAGUCCACCAUCGGCUGCACAGGAGUCUGGGCCGCCUCCACACAGCAACUGGAAACCUGGAGGCAGCUCUGCUUAACUUUGCAAAUGAUAUAUACUUUGCCAGCGAGGCGUAUGGUCUGGACAGCACUGUCACCUGUGGUGGCUACUAUCUCAUGGCUGAUGUGUUUGCCAAACAGGGGAAGGUGCCUGUUGCUUGUUCCUUGUACUCUGAGGUGGCACGUACUUGGCACUAUCAUCUGACCAAACUCCUUGAGACCCACAUGCAAAAUGUGCAGAAUCCUGCCGUGUCGUUUGAACCCUCCUGUGACAAUGCACAGCGAGUCGAGGUGGAUGAGAUGUUACGAACCAUGUUGGAGUUUGAGCAGAAUCGCUCAGGAAAAGACUCUGCUCAGAUUGCACUGGUGGCCCACUGCCUGGCCAUGCUGUGUUUCCUCGGAGGAGACUAUCUCAAGGCACUGGGAUUUUGCAGCGAGGCCCUGCAGGCCAGCCAGCUGAUACCAAAUCAUGACCUGACGGAGCCCAUCCAGGGCCUGCUGCAGCUGGUGCAGGGUCUGCAGACAGAACCACGUCCCGGUUUGGACUAGUCGGCGUACCUGUUCCAUAAGGGCUGCUGAUUUAACCCACAAUGGUUUCUUCCAGUGUCAAUGUAGAAACCACUGAGCUGGGCGCAAUUAAACAUUUUUUACAGGUACAGUUUAGAGAUGUUGUGAACUGAUGUAAUGCUGUACUCUGAGCACACGAAACAAAUGUUUAUAUGGAAAUGUUUAAUAAAAGCAGUAAAAGAAAGAGGGGA